AUGGCACUCUCGAAUUUAUCCGCCUACAUGAACAGAUCAACAAGAUACGUCCUGGACAAUACCGCCAAAAUUCUCCGCAUGGAAGGUGCCAAAGAGCCCUCUCGUGCACCGAUGACGCUCUUCACCUUCCAAACCCGCGAGGACCUGAAACAGUUCGCGACGGGCUGUGACGCCGAUAUUGGAGGUACCUCGACAUUGCACUUUGACCUGGAUGAAAGCCCGGAGCGGAAUAAGGGCAUAUCCGGGCAUCUCGCUACGGCACGGUUCUGGGGCGAAAUGCGACUUGAUGUACGGCCAGAGCUACGGGGGAGGAUACGAGGUGGCUACGCAGGAUUCCGGUCCAAGUCACGACCCUCGCUAUUCGGAGAGAUAUGCGAUGACGUGUCGAAUCACCAAUUUCUCGGGCUGCGCUUGCGACUUGGAGGCGAUCCCCGUCUUCGGAACUCCUACUUCGUGAAUAUCCAGACGGACGGACCGGUCACAACGGAUUUAUGGCAACACCGACUCUAUUUCAAACGGAGCGACGGGGGAUGGGAGGACAUUUUUAUUCCAUUCGACAACUUUAUACUCACAAAUACUGGUGAGUUGGUACAACAUCAGAUAACCAUGUUCCGAGAACGUAUCCGGACGGUUGGGAUAUCGCUAUUGGGAGGAAACAGUGGUGUAUCGGGAGCAUACGACCUCGGCAUCCACUCCAUACGUGCCGUCAACGAGGAAGACGUGACGAAGCCCCCUUGUGAGGAGCAAGAAGACGAGACUAGUAACGUGUACAACGAUGGACGGCAAGAAAAGCGCCUGAAGGAAUGA